AUGAGCUCCAGCGAGAUCCCCAACGGCAACGCCAUGGACAACGACUACAAGUCCCGUACCGGCCAGACCGAGAUUCCCGUUCAGAACGACGAGGCGCCUGUUGAGGCGACCGAGUACACCAACGGUGGUGACUCCGACGCUCAGUUGGAGCGUGACGAGAAGGACGCCAUCGACAAGAGCAACAUCCUCGACGAGCGCACACGUGGUGCUACCAAGAAGUCUGGCACUUACACCGAGCCCGGUGAUGAGGAGGGUCUCGGUGCCGCUGCCGAUGGCUCUGACGGUACCUCUGCUACCCGAUAG